AUGGGGGGAAUCCAGUCCGUUGGUGGAGCGGCCACGAGCGGUCACGGCUUCACUGGGAAGCAAGUCUCUGGGGCGCUGGCCGCUGCUGCUGACGCUCAACGGAAGAGCCAUCGUGAGCGUUUAAAGGCAGAAGAAGAUUUACCCCGUGCAGUGCGGCGCACCGUGAGCGGUGUCAUCCAGACGCUGGACGAAAUUGGAAGGGAGAAGUACCAGGAGAAACGUGUGCUGCAGUUUCAAGUACCCGAUAGUGAAGGGAAUAUGGGGACUGUGACUGUGCAUGAGUAUGCUCCAGAAGUUUUUCGUUUCUUAAGGCAGUUGGAUGGUCUGGGUGAGGAUAUGUUUGCUGAUGAGUGGACGUUGCCUGAAGAUCGGCUUGCCCUGGAGCUUGGUGAGGGACGCUCCAUGGCGCUUUUUCUUAAGUCCAAAUCGAUGGAUCUUAUGUGUAAAACAAUAGCGGAGGAGGAGGUGAAUGUUUUGCUGAAAUUGCUGCCGCAGUACACGGAACACCUCUCACGGAACACCAACACAUUGCUGAUGCGGUUUUCUAUGCUUCUUAGGAUUGAGGCUGGCGCCGAAGUGGGUUUUAUUCUUUGCUUUGGGGACGUCUUUGCGCCGUGUCGCACAUUGAACGAGAAAUGGGACCUGAAGGGCCGUAUACCCAAACCCGGCAAAUAUCAACAUUUCCCAAAGCUCAUCCAACGCCCGUACGAGCCCAACCCGUAUCUCAUUGAGACCCCGCGUGACACCAUUGAGCUUCCCGAGCUGGUUGGGUCGCAGGAGGAACGUGUGGUGGUUGUUGAGGCGGCCGACAAGGACAAAUUGGCAACUCGGAAAGACAAGGACCUUACGCGUCUUUUCUGGCUGGAGCGGCACGAGCGGAAUAAGCUGAUUCGGGUCCUUAUGAAGGAUUACGAAUUUUUAGGCAACGCGGGAAUGAUGGAUUACUCUCUUCUCAUUGGUGUGGCGUACAACGAGACAAAAGUGUCGCGCAGCGGCAAACUUGUACGUAGUAUGCGUAUGACGUAUCCAAUGGGUAGUGAGCGUGACGCGGAUCUUGCGGAGGUACGUCCCGCCUCCUUACCGCGGCGCUGUCCCACACCUCAUGAUUUUAGAGCAGGCAUUACUAGUUUACAAGACCAGGAAAUUUAUUACAUUGGGAUAAUAGAUAUGUUGACAAAAUACACAUGGAAGAAGAAGACGGCUAAUUUUUUUAAGAAAUUCUUGUGGAAGCCCGAGACACUUUCAACCAUUCCACCCGUAGAAUACAGAAAGCGCAUUUCAAAGUACACCAAAAUUAUAUUCCCGGAUGUUAAUGCGACAGAUAACACCACUAAGCCGAGUUGCUGA